AUGAAGAAGACCAGCUGCUUCGAGUGGACCGACCAGGCGGAGGAGGCCUUCCUCCAGCUCAAGCGGAUGCUGUCCAUGCCGCCUGUCCUGGCCGCUCAGGCUGCUAAGGAACCCAUGUUCCUCUACAUCGCUGCUACUAGCCGGGUGUUCCUCCAUGUGCCACGGGCCGACAACGAGCAAGCUGACGCCCUGGCCUGGAUCGGCUCCACCCGGCAGGCCAUACUAGCCGAUAUCUCCCUCGAGUUCCUGUGCAAGCCAUCUAUCAAACCCUCGCUAGAAUCAGAGUCCAUCUUUGUGCCGGCUGACCCCGGAGCAGUCGGAUCCGGCUUGGGGACUUCAGCAGUCGUCCCGGGGAGUUCCGCAAGCGGCCCGGGGGCUGCAGCACUCGAACCCGGCCCGGGGACUUUAGAACCCGGCCCGGGGACUUCAGAACUCGGCCCGGGGACUACAACAGUCGGCCCGGUGACUUCAACGAUGCAGCAAGUAGCGGCCGGCUCCGACCCGCCGCCUCCCAACCCGACGACCCUGGUACCAGUUGCCGUCAUGACAGUGGUAGAAGCACCAUCUUGGGCACAUCCCAUCCUCAACUUUCCGGUGAGCCCAGAGCUACCAGCCGACGAGAUUUUGGCCCAGCAGGUGCAAUGCCGGGCAACAACAUACACAAUAGUGAACAGAGAGCUUGUCAGGCGCAGCGUGACUGGUGUCUUCCAGCGCUGCGUGGAGCCAGAGAAGGGCAUGGCAAUCCUCAGAGAUAUUCACCAAGGCGAAUGCGGCCACCACGGCGCCUCCAGAUCCCUUGUUGCCAAAGCUUCCCGCCAUGGUUUUCUCUGGCCGAUAGCUUUGGAUGACGCCAAGGAGUUGGUCCGCAAGUGCAAGGGGUGCCAACGUAUCAAACACUUGCCGCCUUCUGCACUCAAGACCAUCCCCCUCAUUUGGCCGUUUGUCGUCUGGGGGUUGGACAUGGUGGGCCCGUUCAAGACAGCACACGACGGCAUGACCCAUCUGCUGGUCGCCGUGGACAAGUUCACGAAGUGGAUCGAAAUAAAGCCAAUCAAGAAGCUGAAUGGUCCAACUGCUAUGACCUUCAUUGCGGAUAUCACCGUCCGGUACGGCAUCCCGCACAACAUCAUCACCCACAACGACACAAACUUUGCCAAAGAUAGCUACGCUAGGGGGGCAGAAGGCGACACGGAUGGGUCGGCGGUGGCGGCGGUGGCGGCUGAGGAGGCGUCCGUCUGGCUGGUCCUGGCUUGGUCGGCAGCAGUCGACGCAGUCUCCGGCUGCCCGCUGGCCGAAGCCAGAAUGGGCGAGGUCCAACUGGUUGUCUCGUCAUCCGGGGCGUCGUCGUCAUCCCCGUCCUCGCCCUCCUUGCCCUUGGCACUGGAGGAGAUCUCCUCCGCCGAGUCCUCCUCCUCCCCCGGGUUCAGCCCGAACUAG